AUGCAUCAGCAUUCGGAUAACAUUCGAAGCAUGUUCCCUCACGAGUCAGGAGGGACUGGUCCCUCUCAUGGGAACCAUGUCGAGACCCAACGGUCUACGGAUCCUCGAAUCACCCUCGAGGACUAUAACCGUACCAUGUUGGAGUAUACGCAGCGUCAAAUGUCCUCCUUUGUCGACCUUGAUGACAGCAACAGCCAUAGCGGCUCCAGCAGCCGUAGUAGCCAAAGCAGCGGUAACAGUGAUCGCAGUGGCACCUCGAGCAAUGGUGUCCUUGCCCAUCAAGCCAAUGGCGCUCCACCUACCUCAGCCGGUGCUGCUGCUGCCACUCGCCAUGCAGCUCACCAGCAACCUAGCCAGAAGCCCAUGCGAAGCCCCAACGACGCCAAGACGUCUCGAUAUUAG